GCGGUUCAUCCCCAGGCCCUAAUGACAAACCAGCCAAGAGAAGAGGUAGAGUACACCAAAAUAUACCCCGAUCUGAACGUACACACCAACCUGCACAUAACCAACGAACUAUCCCUAACCGGUCCACCACCACCCACAAAAUGUGCCACACCCGUGUUCGCCACAGAAUACACGCACCACAGCGUUAAUUUCACCAACAUCGACUACAACGCCGAUUCAUACGACCUUGCAUUCCUCGCCGAGUACGGCAUAAAAAUGCCCGUCUCACUGUUCGAGCUGAUAAUCGAUCGCUUGGAAAAGGAGUGGUACUUUUUCAAGCACACACUCGUAAAGAACACGUUUAUACCGUUUGAAUCGAGUGCGGGUGUAUGCAACGUAUGCUCAUAUUCGAGCGUGCGCACGGGCAACAAUCUGGUGUACUGCGACGGAUGCAACCUGUGUGUGCACCAGGAGUGCUAUGGUGUGCCCAUCAUACCGCACGGCUCGUGGUUCUGCAAGCCUUGUCUUUAUCAGCUUGGGCCGUUGUACUGCCGGUUCUGUGUUAAGACGGGCGGAGCGUACAAAAUGACGAGCACGAUGAAAUGGGGCCAUGUGGUAUGCGUGAUGUGGAACAAGGACCUGUAUUUUGGUAACGAAGUGUUUAUGGAGCCUAUUGAGGACCCGAACAGAACGAAUGCGCACAGGCUUAAGCACAGCUGUUCUAUCUGCGCAAGUACUAAGGGUGUGCACAUACGCUGUGCGUACACGGAGUGUGAGACACGGUACCACGUAACGUGUGCGAUAGAGAACGACUUGUACAUGGACCAGAAUAACAUGCUCACGUACUGCAUCGUGCACGAUCCUAGGCGUGAUAUACGGUACGAUGACGACUUUGAGUACUAUCCCGUGAUCGGGAAGGUGCCACGUAUAAGAAGGCCUGUCAAGUUGGCACAGCCACAGAAGAGCCUUCUGCUGCAAGUCAAGAAUAUGAGGCCGUUCGCGUGCACGUAUCUCAUGGACAGGCUAUAUUGCAAUGAUCUGUGCAAUUUUUUGGUUGAAAAGGACGUUCUCGCGUGCGUGAUGAAGUACUGGUGCAAGAAGACACGGGUUUUAAAUUUAGGGCCUUUGAUCCCGUACCUGUGCUUUGAUGUGAACGGUGGGAUAGGAUGGGACUGGUAUGAAAAAAGGGGCCUGUUCUGUUACGGACAAGGAGCAGAUCACGGUACUACUGGGAGUGAUGGGAUCAAAAACGAUGAUUGUGAGGAUGGGGUUGGAAACGGAGAUGCCACUAGCAGCUCCAAAAAUAGUAAAGGCACGGUAACCGCUGAUUGUGAAAACCUGAAUAUGAAAAUUGUUCAUAGUGAGGAACGUAGCAGCAGGGAAACAAACACAAUUGAUCCUUUCAAACACGUAAGUGCCUGCAACGUGUACAGUCCAUCAGCACACGAACAGAAAAAGAGAAAACUAUCGGUUGCCCAUGAAUCGAGUACUUCGGGUGAUCCGCACCAAGAAACAAAGAAACGCGUAAAAGGUGACGAACAAUUAAAUACGGCAGUGGCGUUGAACAAUCCGACCACAUCAGUGUUCAAAAAGGGAGAUGAUACCACUCUCAGCCCGUGUUACAGCGGCGAACAGCGCGCAGAAUACCAGAAAUGGCUUGAGAGCGUGAAGGAAGGGUGCAUGCACAGAAAGAUGAGCAAACCAAGCAGAGAUGACGUGCUGUACAUGUACGCACCGUUGUACGAUCUGAAACGGGUCAUAAAGGCGUUGAUAGAGCACAGCGAGGUACGGCUGGAAUUGAUCAGGACCAACAGAGAAAUAUACGAGAUAAUGUACGAUAGAAAGCGAUACGUUCUAAAGAACGUGAUGGGUGUGCUUGACAGGGAGGAGUACGUGCUCUUUAAAGACCCUGUAACGGAGGACAUAGCACCAAAUUACUUCAGCGUGAUCAGCGAGCCCAUGGACUUUGAGGGGGUGUACCGUAAGAUUGGUCAGUACGACAGCGUGCACCGUUUUUUUGAUGAUCUGAGAUUGAUCGGCACGAAUUGCGCCACCUACAACGAACACGUGCCGUACUUCGUAACACUGGCCAACAAAUUCUUGAGAGAGGUCGAGCAGCUGGAGCAGCACGCACUUCAGAUGCUUGAUGAGAACGUUGAGUGUGAGAACGGCAGUGCCACCAAUGGUCUGCUGUAGUCGCACAUAUUAAAUUAAAGAACAGUGCAAUGCCA